GGAUGCAAAAUACGAAACAAGUGCACCUGUGCUGAUAAGGAUAAAGCCAGCACCCUCCGGUGGCAAAGUCUGUAGUGCGGGGAAAUAAUAAAAAACGUGACGUUGUAACAAGUUUCGGAAACGACAGUAGGAUUAUCGGCGGUGCGUCGCAGCCCUGACCUCCCGGAUGGUAUGCUGAUCGGCGGAAUGACGGCACUCCCGUGUCGGAGCGGCGCGAAAUUGCUUUUUGCACCAUAAAACCUCCACCCCGCACAGGGCCCUGCGAGGACAGUCGUCAUGAGGACAGCAGUUGGCAGGCGAUAGUGACACGGUCACACAUAUUAUCUUCGCGGGCAACAAAAUCGGAGAGAUUCUUCAACACCUGCACCGUGGUUGUGAUAGAGACGCAUGUUCGUGGUCGGUAGCCGCCGUCAAGAGAAGUGUCCGCACCGUCAGCGGAUCGCAAACUCGCAAAAAAGUCCCUCGAAAGCUACAGUGCGUCGUCUUCUUGUAUUAUAUUGCGACCUUAAGGAACGAGCAUAGCUUAACAAUUAACAAAGCCCACAACACUUUGUGCUGUUUCUUCAAACUGUCCAGGCCAUACUCGGAUCUAGUGCCAAAUUUUAUCGAUUAAGAAGAUAGGAGAAAACGAGACAAACGACACACAGAACAAUAGUCAUCCAUUCGAGGGACAGAGCUGUGCAGCGAUAAGCGACUUUGCUAGUGAGUGACUCAGAAACGGUUCCAUUUAAGGUGCCGUCAAAAAAUCUACCAAAAAUAUACCACAACUCCAGUCUUUAAGACGGGGUUCUGUUGGCAAUCUUCAAGGGAAAACGAAUUCGUGGUUGCCAACGUAAGCCCAUCUGGGAAACGACCGACGAGAGGAAGACCGUCGUGAUAGUGUCAUUCAAGGAAGGCUAAUCGAGACCGUCUGAGCCACUAGUCAAACAGAUUGAAGCGACAGCAGCCAAGGUGCGCGCUCUAGGGUCCCACAUCAAGCCAGCGAAAUUGCCUAGGGAGUGUGGAAUGAUCGAAAAGGGGGCGGCCGUCAAAUUAGGUUCACGUCAGAGACGAGACAAACUUCCGCGGCGAACCGCGUGGGAUAUUUGAACCGCAGCGGGUCGCGUCGCUCGAAAGGGACACAAAAAUCGAUCCCAUUACCCCGAUAACGUCCUGAUGCUGCAUAUCAUCAUGUUCGCGAGGAAGCUUUUCUGAUUCCCGUACCAUAAAUAAGCCAACCGUACCAGCGAGCGAGCAAGGAACGAGCGAGUAGGUCAGGAAAGAGCACGCCCAGAAAGCACUAUCCACCCCACGUGGCCAGGGCAUCGCGAUGGGGAACAAAACGUCGUGCUGCUCGUACUCGAGCCCGCCGCCGGAGCGGAGAAAAGUGAAGGAGGCGCCCGUCUUUGAGGAGCACCUGCCAGAGGGCGAACUGUCCACCAACAACCUGCAGCACAUUUCCGAGCGCGAAGGUGACGACGGGGAGCACGAUCCGUCCGUUGAUCCGUCCGCCGGCACGAUGUUUCUCGAGCGCUCGAAGCAGAGUCUCGAGAACGGGAUGACGCGCAAAAAGUCGCAGCAUCAAAUAGCACCGCAAGGUGGCCCUGGGAGUGGUGGGGCCGGUGGUGGCGGUGGUGGUGGUGGUGGCGGCACUGGUGGCGGCGGCGGUGGCGGCGGAGUGCUCAAGAAGAGCAGCAGCUGUUCGACCAUCUACCUUGACGACAGUACCGUCUCGCAGCCGAACCUCAAAAACACGGUCAAAUGCGUGUCACUGGCCAUCUACUACCACAUCAAGAACCGCACCAGCGAGCGGCGGAUAGACAUCUUCGACGAGAAGCUACACCCGCUCACCCGGGACCCGGUGCCGGAUGACUACGACCGGCACAACCCGGAACACCGGCAGAUCUACAAGUUCGUCCGGACGCUGUUCAACGCCGCCCAGCUGACGGCCGAGUGUGCCAUCAUCACGCUCGUCUACCUCGAGCGGUUGCUCACGUACGCCGAGCUGGACAUUGCGUCGUGCAACUGGAAGCGGAUAGUGCUCGGCGCCAUCCUGCUGGCCAGCAAGGUGUGGGACGAUCAGGCGGUGUGGAACGUCGAUUACUGUCAGAUCCUGAAGGACAUCACCGUGGAGGACAUGAACGAGCUCGAGCGACAGUUCCUGGAGCUACUGCAGUUCAACAUCAACGUGCCGUCGUCGGUGUACGCAAAGUACUACUUCGACCUGCGAACGCUGGCCGAGGCGAACGAUCUGUCCUUCCCAACCGAGCCGCUCUCGAAGGAGCGCGCCCAAAAACUCGAAGCAAUGUCGCGCGUCAUGCAGGACAAGGCAACGGCGGAAGCGCUAAAGAACGGGAUGAAGAAGUGGUCCUCGAUCGACAACAUCCACCAGCAGGGCGGUGUCCGGCGUAGCGUUGCCAUUCUGUCGUGAUUUUCUUCCCCAUCGUGGUUUGUGGUGCUCGCUGCACUGGCAACGCGUAUGGGCCACCCCAGUGGUCCAACGGUGGCGCCCACAGGUGAUCGCAGGAUGGCGACCCUUCCCGCACUGAGCAGCUGGUUGCUAUUUUGAGGCAUAACUGCCAUUACACAACACAACCUACUCUUACUCUAAUGCUAAUACCCGCCAACAUUUUAUCGCUAUUGUAAUUACUACCGCCACUGUCUGUCCCAGCAGCCCCCAAACCCGAAACCCGUAGUUUAGCGAACUGAUUCUUCCUCGAAGAAGCGAGUGAUCGGUCCCCGCAGCCGAACGUAGUCAACAGCCGAUCCCCCAAGCCACCGGGUUCCAGCUAAGUUGCAAUUCGUUCCGCUUUAGGACGGCGCUUCGUUUGUAGUAUACUCAAAGGCAGCAAAGCCACCCCAGAAACGGGUGCGGCUACACUGCCGAUCACCGUAAAUGGAAACAAAUGUGCUCGAAAGCAGUGAACGAAGAGGAGUUUUAUUGAUAGAGACGCUACGGGGAGAGAGUGCCCCGUGUGCCGUGUAAUCCUUGAACGAAAGGAUGAAGGACGACUAAGGGGCUUUCUGUGCCGCGCCAUUAGACUUUUCCACGCAUGUUCCGAAAACUUUAAGAAUAACCUACCGCCGACGAAGAGUUUGGUGCGAUUCGAACCCUUGGGCAGAUAGAAGAUAACAGACGCCUAACCGGAUGGUUCCAUGGAGCCAAACACCCAUGGGAAUUUCUGUGUCCGUCACCGGAAACGCCACCGGCUCCGGGUGAACUCAUGAACGAGCACCGAAAAUAGUUUUUCCCCGUUGCAACAAAAAUGUGACGGUAGGAGAAAAUGCUCUCCUUUACACGAUACAGCCAAACGGAGAACCACAACAACUAUGUGUCAAUUUAUGGUAAUCCACUACCACCCAUCCAGGUGGUGGCCAGAGAGAGGAGGCGUGUGAUGCCUACAAAGCGGCUGAAAAGACAGAGGUUGGGACUGGCUGAAAACAGAACCACUGUCCUUGCCAGCGGCGAUGGAUGAUAGAUAUUUUUGUAUCGUGCUCUGGUCCAAACAACGGUUGAAGAACACGCGCUACAGUUGACGACAGAACUGGAUCGGAACAGGAAAAAAUUCUGUAAGGGAUUGUGAAGAAAACAGAAACAUUUCUAACUCACUUUUUCACGUUCCCGCCACGCGAUGUGGUUGGUGUUUGGAACACGUUCGGUUACUUGUCUUUCCUUUCUGUCCACACUAUCUUGAUAGUAUCUUUUAAAGGUUUAUUGUCGCUUUUUUGAUCGUUUUUACACAAUCGUUCUGUUUAAAGUCAACUACCGUCUUCCUUCAUUUGUAAUGGCUUUUAAUGUCUCAUUGACUUAUUUUUUAUCUCUUGUUUGGCCUGUUUUCUCACCAUUUGGCGGCAUCGUAGUGAAAGUGUACUGAAGGAGGAACGCAUUUUCUAGUGAUAUUACUCAAAAACUUUAUCGUUAGUGGCAAGGUAAAAUUUCUUACUCGGUGGUUGCAAGGGAAGAAAGAACGCAAACGGACGGGUCACACAUUUGUAAAGAAACAUAACAAUCUAUCCCAUGAAAAGAAACAAAACAUACACAUUAAGCAAGAGGUAAAAUUUCGCUCGUCCCGCUUUUGUAGAGAAACAAUCACCUGAACAAACAACGCAAAGAGAAACAUUAACAUUUGUGAACGGACAACAGCAAAACGAAACACAGUCCAAACAGCUCGAGAGGUGUUACCGAAGCAGCUUAAGGCACAGUACAAUAGAACGGCAUCGUAUCCGCGAAUCCUAUGACCACCACCCGAACCAAACCCAGAGGUACACCGUGCAAGGUACUUCUUGCGAGCUGUUAGCAUCUUUGGCGCUGAAAUCGAAAGAUAUUUGACUAACACAUUCGGACACAGUAUUCGUUUGUUUUAUUUUGAGUUUCUUACGAGCUCUGCACUUUACAAUGUUUCUUUCAACACACGUUUCGGCGGUCUUCGUGCUCGAUCCUUCAUCAAUAUUAUUGGCCCUAGCUUUAGCAUCUAAUCAACUCAACCAACUAAGUCAGCUUUCGGUUCAGUCCCGGCAGAACACGGAUUUAUCAAAGGUAUGGCGCGGACAGCGCCGCCGCGGCACAGAAGGGGACAAGUGAUAGUAAUUAACAAAAGGAAAGCUAGUAUCCACUAAAGGGAACACCACCCCACGGCGGAUGUAGAGUGCAUAAUACUAAUUUGGUAGUCGCUUCCCAAGCGUGUAGAGGAUAGAGGGCUAAACAAAGUAUCGCUACACCCGAUGCCGGGGACGCUAAAUACGUAUUGCAUCGUCUCGGAACCGAUGCUUUUUCGAUCUAAGGAUUACGAAAAAAUUGUGACAGCAUUAGGCAGGACGUCCUUCCAACCAGUUGGGAUUCCCCUCGAUGCAACGUUCCGCCAAAUUGUGGUAUCCACUCUGUGCGUGAGCCACAAGCACAAAAUGAGAAAAAAAACCCUCGGAGGUCGUAAAAACGUAAACACGGAGAAUUGUUUUAAGGUUUAAAUUCGAAAGAAGGUGAUAUUUGAAUGUGGCCCGAUUUGAGAAAGCCCAGCACACUUACAAGCAAGUAAACCAUCAAGGACUCGUCAAGCGUUUUAGAGUGUUGAAGUGAACCCCGAGCAGGGAACCCAGGUGGACAGAAAAGGUCACUCAUACGACAGAGGUAUAACACAAGACUAACCGAUCCGAUGAUAGUAAGAUGCCGGCGUAGGAGCAGGUGGCACGCGAAGGCACCGUUCACCGAUUCCGGUCAUUCAUUAACCCACAGAAACGCGUACGGCGGAGGAGACACACGACGCCAGGCCGACCGGGCGCCGGGAGGUUGUUGGCGCAAAACUAUCGUACCAAUUUAUAUGAUUGUAACUUGUAAGCUAUAUUGCGAGAAUAGUCUCACAGUCGAACGCAAGAGUGAAGGUAUAAGAAGAGAAAUAAAAUUCGAAC